AGCAUUUUUUGUAUACAACAGACAGCCAGAGAUUCAGCAGCCUUUGAAAACCAAAACGGAGUACAAACUAUCUUAAUAAAAUAAAAAUAACAGGUGACACAUUUGGAGAUUCGCCUCAAUUUUGAUGUGAACUUAAACUCACUGGAACAGCCACGUUUAUAAUUAUACAUGGGUAGCAACACCAACCUGUGAGAUGAGCAUUUUUACAGCUGAGAAGACGUCAGAUUUGACUUUCGAAUUUUGUAAUUGAGGAGCAGCUUGCCGAAAUGCCGAUUAAAGGUGGCCCAACCGACCCUCAAGGGAAAUCUAAAAACUUUGACGAAGAACUCAGGAUGAAGCUCAAAGAUCGCAAGAGGAGAGGGCUGACCACUGGGCUGAGUGACACAGCAGAAGAGAGUAACAGCGAUGUGAGCUCAGAUGACAUUGGUGGAGGGGAUGAUUUCUUAUCACAGUUCACUGCAAGUGCUGCCCCGAAAAGCCAAACGUCCUCCUUCAGUGGAUCCUCCAAACCUUGGGCACCCCCAGUCGCAACCCCUCGUCAGCAGGCCAAGGGGAAUGCCUCACCGUCCCCCUCACCAAGGGGCCUACCACCAUCACCUAAGGGUAUUCCCUCCCCAAGGGGUCUCCCCUCACCAAUACCUCGUGCUAGAACAAGAUCUAUCGACAAACCUGAGGAAGCUUCCAAGAGAAGAUUGUCAUCCUCCUCUGAGGCCGUCUCACCAAGGAGUGGUGUGCACCCAAAGGAUCUGGCAAGCACUCCACUUCCGAAGCCUCGUUCAAGGACAAAUACCGUGGACUUGGAUUCUCCAGGAAGGAAAUCUUCAGUAGACUCUCCAAGAAUGAAGUCCGAUCAGUCCGAAGUUGAUAAACUUCUCGGACUGGCUCCACUGAAGACAACCCCAAGGAGAAAGGACUCCCGAGGGGAUGACCCGUUUGGAACAAAACCAAGCUCAAAGUUUCGCAACGAGUCCCCAGAGUCUAGAAGGAAAACCAGAUCACCGUCAAUUAUUGACGAUUUACUUGGCGAUGACCCAAAACCAAAAGCACGCAGUAAAUCGCCAGAACCAAAAUUUCGCAAUAAAUCUCCAGAGCCAAAAGUCAGAUCAAGACUUGAAGCUGAGGAGUCGCCGGUCAGCAGCAGGAAAAUUAAACCAAGGAGUGGAUCAAUGAGCAAGGGAUCCAAAUCCCCUGAGUUGACAUCUAAAAAUAACUCUGUACUGGAUGACCUUCUUAAUGGCGACGGGAAAAAAACAAAAUCACGCGGCAGUUCCCCAGAGCCUAAAGGACAAAACAGAUCUCCCUCUAUCUUAGAUGAUCUCCUAAAUGGGAGUUCAAACAAAAAGCCAGAAAAAGGGAAACCAAAAGCUGAGACGGACAAUGUCUUAGAUGAUCUACUUGGUAUGGCCAAGAAGCCUAAAUCAAGAAGUGGCUCACCAGAACCCAAACCCAAACCAAGAUCUCGUGGCGGUUCACCUCCACCUCUCGAUAGAUCUCGGCAAAGAAAGUCAAUUCUUGAUUCGGAUGGGAGUGAAGAUGAUAACAAAGUGAAGAGGAGAAAUAAAACAAAAUCUCCAUCACCCUCGAGAAAAGGAAGCCCCAAAGUGGCCCACCCACCUCCUAGACGCCAGAAAGGUCUCUUGGAUUCCUCUGAUGAAGAUGAUGAUUUCAAUCGAAGAGGGAAACCUAGAUUGCCAUCGGCCAAGACCACCGGCAGUGGAAAAUCUCAAACUCGAAGAGGCAUUUUGGAUUCUUCCGAUGAUGAUACUGAUGAUAAGAGAGUCUCAAAAUCCAAGCCUCUCGGAAGAUCAAGAUCUCCUUCUCCGAAAGGGUUCAAGACGUCUGCGCCAUCACCUAAACCUCGAUCCCGACCUGGAACUGCUGACACUAAAGCACCCUCCAAACCUGAGCCCAAGAAACAGGGCUUCAAAGUGGAUGAUUUCCUUGAUUCUGGCUCUGAUUUUGAUUUUGAUGGAAAGCCAGCCAAUGGUAAGCCCUCUUUGCUGGAUGUUCUUGAGAAUCAGCAGAGUCCCAAGAGCAGAAAGAAGAAGAAGAAAAUGGGGAGGAAUGCUUUGGAGGACAGCGAUGAUUCAGAUGAUGGAGAUGUUUUCCACAGACCAUCUUCUAAGAAAAAGCCUCCAGUCAUAUCAGGGAGGAGACCUAAGGAGGGUUAUCAAAGUGCUGAUGAAGAAGAUGGUGGAAAAGAUAAGACACAGUCAAAGGUUGUCAAGCCAACACCCAAGCGCCCAGGUUCCACUGCCAGUAGCACUGGAGGCAACUCUCUUAACUCCAGCCUAAACAGCAGCAUCAAUAUCCAAGACUCCUCCAGUAUUCGGCAGGCUAUCUAUGAUGAGUGGAGGGCCCAGAAGCAGGUAGUCUUAGUCAAACAAGCCAAGGAAAAGAGGAAGAAAGAAAAGGAAGAGAUCAAGAAGAAGGAACUGGCGGUGCUUGAGAAACGAGCAGAGUCGGCUGCCUCUUUCAAUGCCUGGAAGGAGAACAAGAAAGGAACCCUGCCAAACAAGGCCAAGGAAGAGGAAAAGAAGAAGAAGAAACUACAAGAAGAAAAGGAGAAGAAAAUGAUGCAGACAGUUCACGCCAAAAAGGCAUUCGAGGCAUGGAAAGGAGACAAGGAUGAACAUCUGAAGGAGCAGCAUCGGAAGAAAGUCAGAGGCGAACUUGAGAAGACUCGAAGCUUGGAAGAUGAGAAGGAGAUGAAGCAGAAAGAUUCACAGUCUGCUUUUAGAAAAUGGAAGAGCACCAAAGAUGAAAAGAUCAGUCACCAGACGAAGGAGAAGAGAAUGGCAGAAGAUAAGAAGAAACAAAGGGAAGAAGAGGCAAGGAAGGCUAAGGAGGAAGAAAGCAUCCAGGCCUACGAGGACUGGGAGAGGAAAACCGAACGUAGGAAAGAGAGAGAUGCUAAGAGAAUGGCAAGAACACAACCAAUAUCCACCAUGCCGUUCAGACCUAGUAGCAAAACUAUACCAUAUGUGAGGUAGUUUAUAGCAUUUUGAUGCUUUAUUGAUGCUUUGUUUAAAAACUCAUAAUAAUAAAAGUGGCAAUUUAUAAUGCGUCUGUUCUGUCUAAAGGACACUCCUGGCGAGAGAAGCCGAAGAAAGUUGGCCUGCAGUGAGUUACAUAGAUGAACUUUUAAGCACGUACAUGACUUAUAGGCUGAAGAUUACUGGAGCGGGGAAGAAGGUUCUAUAUUAUUCAGAAAAUUUGUGCAAUAAAACUAAACACCUUAACUUUAAAAGUAUGUUACAACCGUCCAUAGCUGGGUUUUUGGGGGGCAGGAAAAGGGGGUGUAUUAUUUGUUGUACUACAUACUAGAAAUAUACACGUAUGUUGCUCCAUGGUAUAAGUGAUUUUGUGCGACUAUGAAAGUUGUCAAACUUUGGGUUGAAAUCCACACUGCUUACAAUUUAACCUGGACCAGAAUUUUGUUCACAAGACCAGAUUCAAAAUGUAAAAAAAACCUUGAGAAGAGGAGAAUCUUUCUGUACACGAAUACUGUUUGACAGUAUUGAUAUUGGCUGCAGUUUAUAUUUGAAUACUGUUUGUUAUUGUAAUAUAGAUUUUAAUAGAUUGUGAAUAUUUUGAUCAAAUUGUGAAUAGUGUGCGUUGUUGAUGGUAUUAAUAUAAUGAAAUGAUAUUGUGUUUGCUUAAUUUAACUGUUGUUUUAGCUAAACUCCCUGCCCGUCUUUUGUCUUAUAUAUGGCAUAGGCUGCAGUAUGUUUAUAUUUAAAUAAAAUCUAUUGUAUUUCAGUGUUGUGAAUAAUUUAGAUAAAUUGUGAAUAUUGUGUGUUGUUAUGGUAUUAAAAAAUUACUAUCAUAUGUUGCUGUGUUCUCACAUUUUGUUUGUUUUCCAUAACUAUUUGAAAACUCCCCUGCCCUUCUUUGUAAACAUUUGAAUGAUGUAAUAUCACCGGCAACGUAAAUGUUGUGACGCAGAGAUUGAUAAGGUUUGAUAGGCUAUUUUUGCUGCUAACUGGUUUACUGUUCUCUGGUUAACUGGUUCUUUGAUUACCUGGUUCUCUGAUUGACUGGUUCUUUGAUUUAUCCAAAUCCAAACAACAAUAUUUAUUUUUAAUAGUCAUUAAUUUCUUCCAAUUUAGUUUAAGAAGUAUGACAGCCAUGACCCAAUUUCAUAGAGCUGCUUUAAGGCACUGGAAACUAAUUAUGCCUAUUGUUUAGUACUCAAAAUGGUCGUUAGCAUUAAAAACUUACUUGGUAUAAAAUGUGAGAAACAGCUCCCUCUGAAGUAAUGUAUCUUUUGAAAAAAACAAGUUAAUUUCUCACCAAAAUAUUUGGUCUCAAGCUGAGGUCUCAAGUUCAAGCAUCUGAAAGU